UCGAGAGGGCUAUCUGCUUGCUGGCUGGAAUGACGAGUAUCACAGCUCGAUUUGUGGGAGCUCCUCAUCGUCUCCGACUGGCUACGAGAUCUUGUUCCACUUCUCGUAAGAUAACUUUCCACACAGUUGCGAGCUCCUUCACACCUGGAAAGAAACUGGACGGCAGAGUUGCUAUAAUCACUGGAGGAGCCAGUGGUAUAGGAGCUACAACUGCAAAGCUCUUUGCUUCUCAGGGUGCCAAAGUCGUAGUUGCGGACAUCCAGGACGAGAAAGGGAGCGCUCUCGUCAAGGAUCUUGGUCCAAACAGCCGAUACUUCCACUGUGAUGUUAGCUGCGAGGACCAAGUAUCUGCUUGCGUCGAGUUUGCCACUUCCACCUAUGGGAAAACAUUGGAUAUAAUGUUUAACAAUGCUGGAGUAGUAGACGCAGGCAAACCUGAGCAAGCGUUCCUCCGGAUCACUGAUAUCGAUGCCUCGAGUUUCGAUCACGUUUGCAGUGUCAACGUCAAAGGAACACUUUUCGGUGUCAAGCACGCUGCGAAAGCCAUGAUCUCCAGCACGGACUCCAUGCGCUGCAUUCUAAACAUGUGUAGCAUAUCAGCAGUGGUAGCACAGAGAACUUACCACAGCUAUACCAUCAGCAAGCACGCGAUUAUUGGUAUCACCAAGACCGCAGCCAGCGAACUUGGACGCCACGGAAUCCGGGUGAACUGCAUAUCACCAGUGGGGAUCAUUACUCCGCUUCUGACAAAACUGCUCCAAAAAUUACAACCGACACUUACCUCGGAACAGAUUCAAGAAGCAUAUGUUUGCAACUCAGAGCUUGCAGGAACCAAGCUAGAAGUGGAGGACGUUGCGAAUGCCGCGCUGUUCCUGUGCAGUCAAGAUGCUAAGUACAUAAGUGGACACAACCUGGUGCUCGAUGGAGGUCUUAGUGCGUCGAGGCCUUUCGAUCCCUUUAGAAAUCCAUACGAGUGAGCUGAAAAGUAAGAGGUUUAGUCGCAAAUGAAAGAACUUCUCAUAAAAAAUUCACGAGUUUCUUUAAGCAAUGAAAUCAGUCUGAAGACCACUUCACACUCUGCCUUA